UGCCCAUUUUAGUCUGUCCCUGUCAGCUGUGUGGAAUGUGCGACGCACACUGUGCAGCCCCCCAUCCGAGGGUCCAGCCCGCGAGUCCCCAGCAGUGUGUCCGGUCUCUAACAGAACCCAGUCGUUCUCCUCCGCGCUCACACUCGCCCUCCGUCGCCGCUCAAUCGUCUUCAAGGUGACCCUGCUGCAGGAUGUCCUCUACCCCAGUGCUGCCCCCCCUCCUCUUCACCGCGCUGCCCUCCUUCCCCUCGGUCCCUCCGGGAGUCCCGCCCGCGGAGCUCAAUGCCACCUCGUGCCAGGAGUGGGAGCAGGCCCACCACCUCCUCUUCCACCUGGGGAACCUGUCCCUGCUGCUGGGCCUGGUCGUCCCCACCACGCUGGGCCUGCACAUGAUCCUGCUGCGUCUCCUCCUGAUGACAGGAUGUGGUCUUUUCAUCGUGUGGGCGACUCUGUAUAGGUGCAACCUGGAUGUGAUGGUUUGGAAUGUGGUGUUUCUGGUGGUCAACUUCAUGCACUUGUUCUUUCUCCUGUACAAGCGCAGGCCGAUUAAGAUCGACAGGGAGCUGCGUUCGGUGUACAAGCGGAUGUUUGAGCCCCUCCACGUGCGGGAGGCUCUGUUUCAGAGGCUCACGGGACAGUUCUGUACCAUCCAGACCCUGAAGAAAGGCCAGGCUUAUGCCGCAGAGGACAAGACCUCUGUGGACGAACGCCUCAGCAUUCUCCUCAAAGGAAAGAUGAAGGUUUCAUACCGAGGCCACUUCCUACACAACAUCUACACCAACUCAUUCAUUGACUCUCCAGAGUUCAGGUCCACUGAGAUGCACAGAGGAGAGAAGUUCCAGGUGACCAUCAUGGCAGAGGAGAACUGUAAGUUCCUGUGUUGGUCUCGAGAGAGGCUGACCUACUUCCUGGAGUCAGACACUUUCCUCAAUGAGGUGUUCAGGUACCUCAUUGGCAAAGACAUUACCAACAAACUGUACUCUCUGAAUGACCCCACGCUCAGUGACAAGGCUGUGAAGAAGAUGGACCGUCAGCCCAGCCUGUGCUCUCAACUGUCUAUGAUGCAGAUGAGGAACAGCAUGGCGAGCACCAGUGACACUGAUGACGUCCUUAACCAGAUCCUACGAGGAGGGUCCGCUGGAUCAUCGCUCCAAAAAUCACCUGGCACCAAGACUUCCGCAAAGAUGAAGCCCAUAGAAGAAGGCAUGGAGGAUGACGUUUUUGAAGAGUCCUCUCCCUCCAGGUCUUGUCAUACGCCUGGCAGCGAGGAAGUGUAGCCAGCAGGGAAAGAACACACCAGAUAAAAUGCAUAUUAUGUAGGUCUGUUUAACAACCCAACAACUAGAGCCUGAUACACCAGCAUGGCUGACAUUAUCAGCCAUGUGCCAUUUCCCCAGAUAUAUACAGAAUGUUGGUUUAUGAGGAAGAACAAAUGUAAGUAGAGAAACGUGUUUGUGCUUUGUCCACCAGAGAGCACUGAGAAGUUUAUUUUUACACAAUGCGUCAGCACAUACACUAUCUCUCAAAGUUUGGGGUCACCUGUUAUAUUGGCGUUUUUCUUCCUUCAAUAAUGGAUUAUAAUUCAGACACCAAAUGUAUUAUUUACAUUUGAAAUAGUUUUGGAAGAAGAAUGAUUAAAUGAUUCAGACUUCCAUUUAGUCAUUGUCCCCACAGCUGCUGUAUCACAGGUGAGAGUACUGUAGUAACCUUCAAUUCUUAAUUUGUUUGUCUGAACUCAGCUUAGAUCAUUAUUAACCACAACAGGCUUUUUCUUUGGGCCCUCUGCAGUCUCCUCAGUGAUCAGAUUGAACAGGUUUAAACUGAUCUGUCAGUCUAUAGUGAGUUUAGCUGAUAAUCGACAGUGCUAUCCCUAGACCAAAGUGGUCUGUGUAUUUUUUGUAGUUGAAAGAAUAGCUUUACUAAACCAACAUGACAUGCACUUGACACUGAAACAGGAACCUGUUCCUAUUUAAAUGUGCACAGAUUCAGAUGCUAAGCUUCCAGUUUCUUGACUGCUAAUUGCUUAUGUUCUUAUUGGACUGUUGCUCAGAGGGUCUCUGUCUCUUUCUGCCCUUUCAGUUGUCAGUCUGGUUGAACUUUUUAUUUUUUUACUUGUUCAUUGUUUUUGCAAACCCUUCAUACAAAAUAUUUGUAAAGAGGACUUUCUACAACUAAAAGCAUGAACGACCAUUCACAAAUAUAGCGUAGUCCUCUCAGAUGAUCCCAAACUUUUAAGUGGUAGUGUAUCCUUAAAAAAAUGUAAAAAACAAACAAUAAAAAGCAAUAUUUAUGAGUCUAUUAAUAUUUAUAUUUGAAUUAUUUUUCUCUGAAACCAGCUUCCUACUGAAAUCUGAGACUGAAAACCAAAACAAUGAGCUGAAAGACACUAGAAAGCUCAGUAUAGAGCUGAGGGGAACUUCAGAGUUGGGUGAUUGUCUGUAGGUUCAUCACUGUGACACAGUUCACAUUACAUUUAGUUAUCUGAUCUAUUGUUAAUAUAAUAAUAUAUAUUAGUGCCGCUUUAAAUUCUCAAGCAUCAAUAUCAGAAUCAGUCUCCUGUAUCGGCCAGGCUCUAAUAGAUAACUCUUAAAACAGAAUUUUGAAAUUCAUUUGUUUUUGGAGAACAUAACUGGUCCAUCUCUUCUCUUUGUGUGAUACAAAGAAAUCUAUUUUGUAUGAUAUUUUUGAUUUUGUGUAGACACAAGCUUUUACUGUUUUAGCCACAAGCUCAUAACUUUCACAUCAGGAUCUCUGUUUCUUUGGAGAUUUUAUUUAACAAUGUAUUCUUUGAAAAUGUUUGAAACCUUGCACUUUGUGUGUUUGUGCUGUUUGCUGUAUGUUAAAGCUUUGGAUUCAAUGAUUAUUGUGAUUUCAUUGUUGUACCCUAUUAAAUAUAUGUGAUCAUCUAGCUCUGUAUACUUUUCUAGAUGAAUGGUAAACUGUGAGGUGGAACUGAAUGUCAGAGUCAGGGUGUCAUGUUGCAAGAUUUGUAGGAGUGGAGUGCCCCCUGUGGCCAUAAUGUGCUAUGCAUGCUUUGUUCAUUACAGUAAAUUCUGUUAAGUAUUAACCACAAAUCCAAUGUGAAGAUUUCCAUCUUUAAUAAUAAAUAAUUUAUCUCUUAUCCAGGCCUGCAAAUAAACAUUUUACCAAACCACA